UCUCUCUCCCGAACACUUGAACGCGACAUAGCACUUCGUUCAGAGGCUGUCGUCGGCCAGUGUACAUAAAUCACUUCCUGUCUCCGUACUGGUGUGGUGCGAUUUCGUGUGCUGGGGUUGAGGGAGCGACGCAGACACGGACACGCGCACGCACGCACGCACACUCAAUAGCAGCAGCAGCAGUGAGAGCCCCUUGUCAUCAAGCAAGGUGCACAGCUAGCUGUCACGCAGCGCGCAGCGCACCACGACAAAACAACAGCACCUGCGGACAGGGCAAGUUCGUGAGAGGACUGUUGACCCACAGCCAAUCAUAUGAAGCCGCUUAAAUCUGAAAAUUUUCAACUGCACGAAGCCUCAACGAACCAGUCCCGAAUCGAUGCGGACCUCGGCGUCUCGGCUUCUUCUGCCACUCUCCCGAGCGUGGUCGUACGGGCAACCAUCAAGCUCGCGUUGGCUACUCAACCCAACUCCAAUCCAUUCGCAAGGUUGAUGAGGGAGAAGCCAAGGGAUACCCCCGUGUCAUCGUUAAACCCGCAGGCAUCUGUAUUUGUCCCCCCCGCAGGGACAGUGAACCCUUUGCCCUCGUCUGGCAACAACAUCAACCACAGCAGCUCAUCGAUCCCGGUAGGACAACGCAACAACCUCCCUGAUGGUGGAGCAGGUCGAGAUCACGUCCAUGACGUCCAUGGCGAAGGGCUGAAGGGAUGCCGGGAAGCUCCAUCUCAGACUAGAAGACGGAAUAGGCAGGGGAGAGGAGCUGACACAAAAACGCACGCCAGCGGAGGACGGUCUCGGUCUGGACACAAUGGGCGUGAAGCUGUUGAAGGUGGAGGCUCAACCGAAGCCAUCGAGGCUGCUUCUCGGUCCGAGGGCAGGAGAACGCAAACUCCCAGUGGAAGCGCUGCUAGAUACUCCAUUCCGCAGGAUGCGCACCGCGCGCCCCAGCGGACACACCUUCGCGGACCCGGGCAAGCCCCUCCUGGGGGGCGCCCCCGAAACAGGAACAACCGACGGCGGGCACACACACGAGACCAGCGACUCGACCCUGCGCAUGGGCAUGGUAUGGAUAAUCCUCCCCACCCCCCGCACCCGAAACCCGCAGCACGUCAGAAUGAGGCUGAGGCUUCUACUCCGCGAGGGAGUACUCUACGCCGUCCGCGCGCUCGGGCUGACGCCCACACCGAUAUGCGGCGGCGCGGUGGAACGGGUGCCAGAGGACGCCCAGCAGGGGUUGACCAAUCGGCAAGCAGCAAGGAGAUCGGACCAAUCCGGUCUCCGGUGGUUGCUCGUUUAGGAGAAGCAGUGUCUGAGGUACCGCCGGUGUUGCCAUCCACCCUCGCCGAAGAUGGGGUGGACGAAGAAGACGAUGAAGCGUUCCCUGCCCUUCCACCUGCAAGCGGGCCCCGCAACACUCCGGGAGAAUUGUUGGCGCCGGUUCAGCCCCCGCCGGUGGUCACGGCCGCGGCAGGACAUGUCGCACUAGACUACUCUUCACUGAAAGAUAGGUUAGCCAUCGAGGCAGCGGCAGCGGCAAAGGCAGCAGCGGAAUCAUCUGGUGCUCUUGGUGGUACAGCAGAGGGAGAUGAUUUCUCGCGGCUCAGCGUCCUACCAAGCGUCGGCAGUGGUCGAGGCGGCGAAGCGAAACCUGGGAGCACUAGCAGUGCCAUUCUCCCAGUCUCGUCCGAUUUGCGAGUGCUGGAGGGAUGCUCGCCCGGAUCGAUGGGCACUGACGGGGACGUUUCUCGUGGGAUCUCGGCUCUACAGUCACAGUCGCCAAAGCUGCCGUCUCCCCCUUCACGACAGGCGGUCGCGGCCAACAGCGUCACAAGGUGCGCUAGCGCGGAGACGGCUGCCCUGAGAGCUAGGUUGCGUGACCGCUGGUUUCGGCUUGAGGCUGCGAGGAAGGCCCAGCGACAGCGGGAGGCAGCCGAGAGGGCACUGAUGACGGCGGAGGAUUGCGCUACUCUCGGUAGCGCAGCCUCCGUGCUUGGCUGGAAUGGUGGCGAUGGUAACCACAGCAGCGCAGAAGAGGGUAUGCGUAGUGGCUCGGGUGAAAAUCACGACGAAGGAGAAGCGAAAGGUCGUCGUGCCUCGUCGUCACACACGGCAAUGACAAGCGCUACUGCAGAAGCUAGCAGCAGUGCUGUUCGAGGAGCGAGCGUGUCACCACUACCGCUAAGAACAGUCUCCGCCUCGGGCAUGGCGGCAAUUAAGCGUUCCGAGGUCGCCCUCGUUUCCUUCAGCACAGCCACGUUGCCGAUGGGAACCAAUACCUCGUCGCCACUCAACCAGAACGAGUGCAGCCGGGGGAUUUCAGCGAUUGCAAGCAUACCAGCAGCAGAAGCGGAGCUUAUUGAAGCCGCGGAGACGGCGUCAUGUCGCCCGGAGACCACCCAAGUCGGUGCGGAACUUUCCGGGGAAGAUGGUGGACGUGCUAGCUGCGGCGGCGGCGGCGGCUUGCCUGCCGUCACCGGGGAACACGUCUAUGCGGCGUGCCAAGCGGGCAUGGCUGGGCUUCUGAAUGACCUUCUUGUGCGGAGUGGAGGCAGAGCGGCAGAUGGCAAAGACAAGCUGCGUCGGACGCCGUUGCAUCUGGCUGCCGAGGCGGGAUCCCUCGAGUGCGUGAGCCUUCUGCUCAAGCAGGGGACGAGGCUUGAUCAGAGAGAUCGCUGGCGCGAGACCCCUCUGCACAAAGCUGCUCGCUCUGGCAACUGCGGCAUCGUGAAAGCCCUGUGUGCGGCGCGAAUGAAGGUUAACGUUCGCAACCGGCACCGAGAAACCCCGCUACUCCUGGCGACGCGCUCAAACAGCGCUGAUGCGGUUGCGGUUCUGCUUGGCUUCGGAGCUCGUCUCGAUGAACCAGACGUGCACGGCGUUACUCCAGUUGUGCAGGCGGCAAGGAGCGGCCAGGCGGAGCUCCUUAUGACCAUGGCCAACAGCAACCAGGCGUGGAAGAGCAGUGCCCCCAGCAGUCGAGAUAAUUCCGCGCCGUAUUCGAUGGUUGUCAUGAGCGGCCAAGCGAGUAGGGCUCGAGGAAAUGCCACCGGGAAACGACGAGCCCUGCAGUCUCCGAUGAACCCUGGGUCGAGCAACAGCGCCAGAGCGAAUGGAGGAAAGGGGAAUGGCGUCCCAGUUCCGGCUCUCUCCCCAUUACACGAAGCUGCCGCUUCGGGCCAACCGGAAACGUUGUCGCUGUUGUUGCAGCUCGGCGUUUCGUUGGAGGAGAGGGACGCGGCGGCGGGAGUCGGGGGGGACACCCCGCUCGGGAGAGCGGUUAGGGCGGGGCAGAUAGACUGUGCCAGGAUCUUGCUGGACGCUGGAGCAAUGGUCGGUAGGGAGAAUGCACGAGGAGAAACGCCGUUGGUGGUCGCGAUCAGGGCUGGACAAGCCUCGGCGGUGGAACUCCUCUCUCAGCACGGCGCGCCUCUCGACGGAGGAAAGUCGAACGGAAGGCUAACUGGCGCAGACGGGCGAGCUCCAACGGGGCCACGGGAAAAGAUGAUGGCUCGAAGGAGAGUGGAGCCGCUUGAGCUUGCUCUGCGUGAGGGACAGCUUGCAUGUGCCGCAGCGCUGAUCGAGGGUGGUGCGCACAUCAAUGAACGGACAUUGCGGGCAGUAAAAUUGCAGCCUUCGGGUACCGAGGUUACUGAGGACAAGAGUGUCGCUCAAGGAAGACAAGUUAUUUACGCCGGAACCAGCCCAGGCGAAAGCCGCCGUGGCGGCGGUUGGAGCGGGAAUGGGGGAGCGGGAAGCGCCGGUACCCCUGCGACCACACUUCCUUUACAGGCGGACAUACUCCAGAGACUGUCCCCCGAGGUGCCUGAGAUCUCCGACUCAGCUCCUCCUGAUGGGGGUGGCCUCGAGGUCGACCCUGAGUACGACUGCGACAUGUUGGACGGGGUGUCUGUGGACAUCCGGGAAACGUGGCGAGAUAAAGACUUGGCACGUCGGGAGCCUAGCGCAGGGGGCUCGAAAGAGACGGCGGCGGAGGGAGAAGCGGCCACGAGGCCGGGCCGUCCAGUGGAAUACGUAGGGGGGCUCAGGCCCACCCUCGGCGAGUGCGACAUCGACCUCGUUUUGGAAGACGGGUCGCGUCUGCCGGCCCAUUCGUGUCUUCUGGCGGCGUUCAGCGGAACCUUCUGCGACCUGUUCCUUCGCCGGCACGGCCGCUGCUCUCGCCGCACAUGUCCAGCAGCCCGCGGCGGCAAUUAUUCAAAGCGACAACCUGUACCUGGAGCGUCGGAAGUCGCCGCGGCGGCUGCCGAUGGUCGUGAGAUGGACCAACGAACACGCUCCCGCGACGUACAUCACCUCCUAGCAGGACACGACCCACCUGGUCAAGGACGAAGUGCGACUUCAGAGCAUCAACGGCAGACUUCGCCAUCAAUCUCGGAAGCGGCGGUGGCUGCGGCGGCCUUCGCUGCCACCGCAACAGUGGAGAAUACGGCGUGGUGGGCACCGCCCGUCAUAGACUGGGGGCCCGGACGGGGGGAAGUUUCCGUAAGGUUUUGGGGUGCGGGUACCAUGUCGGCGGUCGUCAAGCACGUCUACACCGGCCAACCGCCAUCGAACAUGCACGCGGACGGCCUGGGGCGACUGCUCGUCGCUUCGGUGUCGUUGAGGAUGAACCGAUUGAUCCGGCAGGUGGAGCACCUCUUGUCUGACAGGCUUGCGCCGCAGAAGGGGAAAGCUCGGUCUCUUCAGCACGCCGAAGCGGCGAGGUUGCUGAGGGCGGCUCGCGUCCUACGGGCAACAGACUUGGAGAAGCGGUGCACACUGUACAUGCAAGCCAACGGCGUGUUCCCUGCAGUCAUGAAGUUGCGCCGGGAGCUGGUCGUCCCUUCUCUCAACACGUUGGAUGUGACAAGGGGCUUGGCUCGGUUGAGCAACAGCGGGUAUCUGGGAUCGGGCCCUGCGUACGCGUGGUCUUCGUCUGGGGCGGUGUCCACGUCUUCUGCUUCCGCUACGGUAGCGGCUGCCAAGCUAGCAGUCGACUUGUCACUGCGCAAGCGAGCCGUGGACUUCGAUCAGCUGGUGCCUCUCCUGCUAGACACGGUCCGGUUCAUCACAUGGUGUACAUCGACGCUUUCUAUUGGGCGCCAGGAGCGCGCGGUUCUUCUCACGGCAGCCUUGGCCGACGCGUGUCCUCAAGAAUCUCCACGCAGCCAGAACGACGCGCCCGACCCACUCGCUGCUCCGCAGCGGCGGCGUCCGAUUCCACCAAAUCUCCGAGGUUGCUGCGAUGCGGUUCGUUGCGACGGGGACAGGUGGAACGCCGACCGACCUGCUGUUCCGCUCGUGUCGAAUGUCUCCGCGUUUUCCCACGGUAUGGGCUGGCUUCUCAGGACCGGAACGGUAGCCGACGUUGUCUUGGUCCUCCCUGAGCAACCUAGCCACUCAGACGCAAUGCCGCCGGCGACGGUGAUCGAAGAUGGGGAGGAGGACGAGAAGAACUACUCAGGAAAUCGAGAGAAUCUCAGUCCGGGUGGCAGGGUUGGUGUACAGUCCAGCGAGCGGGGUGCGCACUCAGCCGAUAGCGCGGUUGAUUCUCCCGCCAGAGUGUCGCCAGGAGGACCCGUGAAGGACGAAGGCUCAGGACGGCCGGCGACCGAUUCGCGCAAAAUGGAAGGGACCACGAAGGAUCAACUUGUGAACAGCCGUUUCCUGGCGCAUUCCAUGGUGUUGGCCUCUAGAUCGGAAAAGUUUUCAGCAAUGCUACGUUUUGUGCAAGGACAAGACGGCAAUAGCCGAACCUACGCAGACAGCGUCGACGGUAGCAGCACGGACGAUGAUAUUUUCACCGAUGCUGACACACCUGAGCGCGAACACAGGAAUAGAGAGGAACCUCCAUGGGGUGAUGUGGAGCAAGGAGAAGCUGCUGGUCACAAUCAAGGCGAAGCUGUGGACAAUAUUGGCAAAGAUGGGGAGGUUUCGCAGCCCCCUCGAAUCGACAGCCGCCGACCCUCGCCACCCAGCGACCGGAGAUGCCACUGUCGCCGGCGUCCCCGACGUAAUACGGCGCCAAGAGAAAUGGAACUCCACUCUCCAAUUCUCACUCCGCAGUCUCUCGGCCUUUUUCUGGAGUUUCUGUACACUGGCGUGCUGGACACGUCGCUGUCAACAAGGGAGUUGUCCGAGCUCGCCCUCAUCGCGGACGAGUAUCUCGUGCCCGACCUCAUUCGGCAGGCAGAAGCUCUUCUGGUGGAGUGCUUGGUGAGACGUGGCGAUGUGCGAUACUCCCUGCAAGUCACUGCAUCACGGAACGCUGGCGACUAUUCGUUCGACUCUACAACGUUCAACGGAACGACCACCGUUCAAUCCAAGAGAGAAGAAGACACAGAAUCAGCACCGCUUGAACUUCUGCAGCUGGGAGUUUCACUGGCGCUGCCAGAUCUAUCGGCCGCGGCAGCGCGGGCCGUGCUUCUCCAGCUGGAAAGGGUUUCCAGAUCGGAGGCUUUCGAACAAUCGAGCAUGUCUAAGCGAGAGCUCGUCAUGGCAGCUCUGGAGGCGAUGUGUUCGUGACUUAUCGGUUUCACUCUGUUUUGAGGCAUGUUCGUUGGCCUCAAUUGCUACU